AUGGGUCGUUUAGCUACUGUGGAUCGACUGCAGAAAUGGGGUGUAAAUGUACAAACAGAAUGUGUAUUAUGCAGCACUGGAGCUGAGGAGAACCUGCAUCACUUGUUCUUUCAAUGCAGUUACUCGUCCUACAUCUGGAAUUCAAUACUCAGUUGGCUAGGAGAGACGAGGAGAAUGAGUAAUUGGGAAGAAGAAACUGACAGGCUUAGCAGGAAAACGAGGAACAGCAGACCACGAGCACAGAUUGUAAAAUUCUUAUAUGCUGCUACUGUUUACCAUUUGUGGAGUGAAAGAAAUGCAAGAAGAUUCCAAGAUAAAAAGAAAGAGAGUCAACAGAUUCUUAAAGAGAUGACAAUACAGUUGCACACAAGAGGACAACACUUUAGCAAAUGGAGGAGAGUCCUAGAGUCUUUGAAUAGUUAUCCUAAGUAG